AUGAAGGUAGUGGCGAACGUGCUGGUCGGAGAGCCACCCCCAAAGAGUAUAAUCUACUUAGCAGGAGAGCUUCAGCUGGGUGAGGAAAACAUUUUGCUUUGAGAUCACUUCUUUCCACCAAACAUCCAAGUUCACUAUACUUCAAAUGAUGUUGCGGUAUCAGAGGGUGCUUCACUUGUUUGGUAUCAUCUGAACGACAAUCUCACCUUCCACCAGAUGUCAACGCUGAGGUUCACGCUGUAGGAAGGAGAAAUGUAUGGCUUCUGUUGUGACUCACUAAGCCCUAUCAAGUUCAGUCAUCCUGGAGUUUUUCCAGAUGUAGUUUGUGCCGUGGGCCUCACUGUGGCAUCAAUUGGAGUCAAAUCUGGAGUGUUUUAG